GUCGAAGGAUGAAUUGGUGGAAGGUUGCGGGUGGUAUACUGGGAGGUGGUGUAAUAUUAGCCAUUGGACUCCUCGUUGGCCACUUUGGAAUAAGUAAAGAUACAAAGCCACAAUGGGUUAAGGAACUUGAUACUGAUCUCGAUGAAGAAUUUAUUAAGGAAUUCAUGAAAGAGGUGGACAAUAAACGUAUUGAAGAGAACUUGAGGGCACUUAGUGAAAAGCCCCAUGUGGCAACAAGCCAGGCUGAUGAAGACCUGGUGCAGUUAAUCUUGUCUCGUUGGAGGGAUCCUCAGAUUGGUUUGGAUGAAGUGAAAGAAGAGCGAUAUGACGUUUUCCUGUCAUUUCCGGACAGUAAGAAUCCAAACAAUGUGGCCGUGGUGCGUCCAGAUGGGUCUAUUAAUAAUUUUACAUCUCAGUACAUGGAAUCUCCGCUCACCGAUGACCAGAAACACCCAGACAUUCUACAGCCGUUUCUUGCAUAUGCUCCCAAUGGAACAGUCACGGGGAAGCUGGUUUUUGCCAAUGAAGGCAAAAUAAGUGAUUUCCAGAAUCUGGCUAAGACUAUUGAUCUUAAUGGCACCAUCGCUAUUGUACGAUACGGAGGAAUAGGCAGAGUUAACAAGGCAAUUAAUGCUGAAAAAUUUGGAGUGAUAGGUGUAAUCAUUUAUACUGAUCCUAAAGAUAUAAAUGAUGGAAAGUCAGACCCCCGCGACAGUUAUCCCAACUCUUGGUAUAUGCCUCCUUCAGGAGUCGAACGCGGUUCAUUUAAAGAGAACUUUGGAGACCAGCUCACCCCGUAUUAUCCAGCUAAAGAUUUCACAUAUCGAAUCCAAGAGUCACAAAUCAAAGGAAUUUCCAAUAUUCCGGCACAGCCAAUAGGAUAUGAGGAUGCAAAGAAGUUAAUAUGUAACCUUUCAGGUUCAGAAGCUCCAUGGCAGGGUUCUCUGGGCUGCACCUAUAACACCGGCCCUGGCUUUGUUCAAACCAGCUUGUUCAGCAACAGUGAUGUCCAGAUCAACGUUUACAAUAAAAGAACUAUAAAGUCUUCGGCCAACGUGAUGGGAUUUAUCAGGGGAGCCGUGGAACCCGACAGGUAUAUUAUGUAUGGCAACCACAGAGACAGCUGGGUACACGGAGCUAUCGACCCCAGCAGCGGAACGGCUGUAAUGCUGGAGAUAACAAGAGUUCUUGGAAGCAAAUUAAAACAAGGUAAGUGGCGCCCUCGAAGAUCUAUCAUUUUUGGCAGCUGGGGUGCCGAAGAAUUUGGCCUGAUUGGCUCAACAGAGUUUGCAGAGGAAUAUUACAGCAAGCUGAGAGAUCGAACUGCAGCCUAUAUUAAUGUGGAUAUCGCUGUGUUUGCCAAUGCAUCACUGAGAGCCCAGGGAACACCUCCAGCGCAAAGCGUUAUCUUUGCUGCAUCCAAACAGGUUAAAAUCCCAGGUGAUUCUUCCCUCACAGUCUACGAGAACUGGAAAAACCAUUUCAGUCGAGAUAGCCCUCACUAUGGACAGAUUCCCCGAUUGGGCACUCUGGGGAUUGGAAGUGAUUAUGCCCCGUUUCUGCAUUAUCUGGGAAUAACGUGCAUGGAUUUGGCCUACACGUAUGACACGAAAAAAACGUCGGCCCGGAUAUAUCCUGCUUACCAUACAGCUUUUGACACAUUUGAUUACGCAUCUAAAUAUAUUGAUCCAGGUUUUACCAGUCACCAAACGGUUGCUCGCACAGCAGGUAAUGUCCUGCUACGACUGUCUGACAGCCUUAUCCUUCCUCUCGGGGUUAGGGAUUAUGUGGAACUUCUAGAAAACUACUACAAUGAAGCAGAGAAACAGUUCCUGGUUAAUCUCAACCUGCACAAGAUAUCCCUAGAACCAUUGAAAACUGCUAUAAACAGAUAUAAGACAGCAUCAGAGACUUUGGAAGAAACUAUUCGAAACCUCAAGGAGACUGAUGAAACACCACUUAGAAUACGGAUGGUAAACGAUCAACUAAUGCUGUUGGAACGAGCUUUCACUAACUCGAUGGCCUUCCCUAAUAGACUAUAUUUCAGUCAUGUGCUCUGGGCUACACGCAGUUCUGGCUUUGCAACAUUCCCAGGCCUUGCCGAUGCUUACCAGCAAGCCACUGAGACUGACACAACAGAAGACUGGCACAUGGUCCACCACCAGCUGACUAUCGCAAUCCAAGCUGUGGAGAGUGCUGCAUCGACCCUGGAACUGGCCACCAAGCUUUAGAGACAACUUUUUUUUUUUAACUACACAUUUCAAGGAGCAGCUUCAAACAAGACACUGGUGCUUAAUAAAAAUACUCUCUUUAGACAGUAAA